AUUCUGGUUCUACCGCUAGCGUCUCGGAUGUUAGCAUGUUAGCAUGUUACGUCACAUUCAGUCGCUCAAAUCUGUUAGCUGACUUUUGUUAGCAUGUUGAACAAAAUGGAAAGUUUUAAUUUGGACUAAAACAUGAUCGCCUUUAGUGUACACGCGUUAGGGCGUCGUUAAGAAGAGUUAGUGGUCAUUAGGAAAGGUUUAUCCAGUAACGGUGUAGUAUUUUAGUCACCGGUUCUGUCUCGUGACGUUAGUGUUAGCAAUGGGGCGAAAAAAACAGCUCGAGCGACAAACCAACAGAGGCAAAGACAAGCGACACAAGAUGAAAGGAAAGUCUUUGGAAACGUUCACAGAAGAAAUGCACGAGGUUUUGGAAGCGAGUAAAAGUGCAGAGUCUGAGGAGGCGGGAGUGAGUGUGAAGUUGCCUUGUCCUCUGGCAAUGUGGGAACUGGGUCAUUGUGACCCGAAGCGCUGUACUGGACGCAAACUUGCACGGAAAGGCCUGGUGCGCUGCCUCAGACUCAACCAGCGCUUUAAUGGCCUUGUCCUCAGUCCCAUGGGCAUCAAAUACGUUACACCUGCUGACAGGGAGAUCGUGGCUGAGGGAGGAAUUGCAGUGAUCGACUGUUCAUGGGCGCGGCUGGAGGACACGCCCUUCAGCAAGAUGAUCGGCUCGCACCCAAGGCUGUUACCUUAUUUAGUGGCGGCAAACCCAGUGAACUACGGCAAGCCGUGCAAGCUGAGCUGCGUCGAGGCCUUUGCAGCCACCUUCUGCAUUGUAGGUUUUCAGGACCUGGCUGUGCUCCUCUUAAGGAAGUUUAAGUGGGGUUUGGGUUUCCUCAAGCUGAAUAAAACACUCCUAGAGCAGUACGCCACCUGCAAAUCAGAGGCGGAGCUGCUCACCGUCGAGAAAGAGUACUUCACCUCCACUCCUGUAGAGGAGGAGGAAUUAGAUCCGUUUGAUGUGGACUCUGGGAGGGAGUGUAUGAACCUCAACAGACCACUGCGAGAGGAAGAAGACGACACCGAAAGCAGUGCCGCAGAAACGUCUGAAGAAGAAGAACAAGAAGAAGAGGAGGAGAAGGAGUCGUCUGAAAAAGACCUUGAAGAAGAGAUAAAAGAGAAGCAAUAGUGAAGAAGAGGAGUGAUGCUGAAAUGCAAAAAAGCAUUUGGGUGUGUCCCAAACUUAUCGAGCUUGAUCAAAGAUCAAAGCCAUUUUGACUGAGGUCAAGAAAACCCAUGUUUUAGGAAUGUUUAAGCUACAGGACGGUGUGUUGCUGAUAGUUUUAGAAAGUGGUCAAACAAGUCUACAGAGCGGUCUACAGAGUUUAACUGGAAUUUCCUGACCGUUUUUGUCUAUUUAUGACCCCUGUCUCUCACACACACACACAUACACACACAGGCAUACGGUCAUGGCGAAUUGGAGAAUGACCCAAUGUGCAAUGUCACAAGUUGCUUGUGAUUAGAGAAACUGCAGCAUGUAUCACACACGUACGAAAUUAGUGUCUUUCAGGACGCAGCACUGAAACAUAGAGCCAUCGUGCAUUCGGACACUUUUCUAAUCAUCUCUGUGUUUUUAGGACUGAAGGGUUGGUCAGAGACCGAGGUGUGUUCGUACAGUCGGUUGUACAAUCGUCGGUGUUACUUUUACUCUACGAGCUCUUAAAAUGCACUAUAAUGCAAUUAUAUUUUUCUCAAUAAAAAAAGUGUGUACGUGCUGGAAA